GUGUUCAGUUCUAGAGAUGGCCGACAGAAAGAGCAGCAGCAGCGGAGGCGCCAGCUCUCGUCUGACCGUCAGGAGGAAAGAGAGAGCAGAAAAUGAGGCCAAGAAAGAGGAGAAACCUCCUAAAGAAGGAGAGAAAGCCGAGGUGAACGGGACAAGUGUGCCGGCGGAGAACGGAGAGGCCGCCACCGGAGACGGAGCCACGGCGAACGGAGAGAACGCAGAGAAACCGGAGCCCAUGGAGCUGCCGCCGUUUGAGAUCAUCACCGGGGAUCGCAUGGACCCGUUUUUCUACAAGUUCCAGUUCAAGAACGUGGAGUACUCCUCCGGCCGGAACAAAACCUUCUUGUGUUACAUGGUGGACCAGGGGCCCGGCUCCGGAGGGCUCCUCAGGGGCUUCAUCGAGGACGAGCACGCGAGCGGCCACGCCGAGGAGGCCUUCUUCCAGCAGGUCCUGCCCAACUACGACCCCGCCCUCAAAUACACCAUCACCUGGUACAUGUCGUCCAGCCCGUGCGCCGCCUGCGCCGCGAAGCUGGCCGAGAUCCUGAAGGCCAGGAAGAGCCUCCAUCUGUCCAUCUACUCCGCGCGGCUCUUCGAGUGGGAGGAGCCUGAGAUCCAGGCGGGGCUAAAGGCGCUGGCGGCCGCCGGCUGCAAACUGCGUGUGAUGAAGCCGAUGGAUUUCACCUACACCUGGAACACGUUCGUGGAGAACGACGAGCAGACGUUCACGCUUUGGGAGGACUGCCAGGAGAACUACGAGUACUACCAAGACAAACUGGCCGACAUCCUGCAGUGAUGAUAAAGAAGCGAUAGCCGACAAACACUUGUCCGAAAGUGAAGAGAAUGUGUGUGUUUGUGUGAACGAGAGAGAAAUGCAUGUUUAAAUACAUUGUGUGAUGCUAGAAUACUGACAGAUUCAUUUAGUAACCUACUUUCAUGUUUUCUGUAGCUCUGUGAAGUAAAGAGGAUUUAUACUUUUUAAUAAUUCGUUUUAUAUUUGAAUGAGCCACUUUGCAGUGUACGUUGUUUUGGUGCGACACGUUUCAUAUUUCAUACAGUUUAUAUUCUGAACUUCAGCUUCACUUAAUUUAUCAUUUUAUAUUCACUCUGGUCAAAGUACAAAUUCAUACCGAGCACUGUGAAAUAUGGUUUUGUAUUAACACUAAGAAAACUGAAAAUAUGUUGCAGCUGUAUAUGAAAUAGUUGGAAAUAUUGUGCAAGCAAUAAAUAAAUAAAAAUAUUGCACGGGGAACUACUUUCACUAUUUUGGAAAACGAAUAAAACU